ACUGCCGCUUUCAGUCAAGUAACUUCGUUCAUGUUUGUCGUACCGCACCACCACAUCGAAUGUGGCCCCAGUCACAGUAAAAGUGUCUAGUGUUAUGUGUUACUCGAGUGCCGUCGAAACAAUCUAUCAGUGAACACGUUGCUCUUGUAGUUCUUCCGAGUUCCUGCUCAACGUUUCGUUAACCUUUGUGUGCACCGGUAGCAAGUCUAUAGUCUGUUGCAUUGAAUUUGCAACAUGGCGGAUGCCGAAACCGACCGGUCGGAUCCCGACUUCAAAUAUUUGUCCGUCGAUAGAAACACUUUCAAUGAUCCUGCAACACAAGCCGAAUGGACCCAAAAACGUUUGGUUUGGGUACCGCACGAAACCGCGGGUUUUGUCGCCGCGGGAAUCAAAGGCGAGAAGGGGGAUGAAGUCGAAGUCGAGAUUCAGGAUACCGGCAAAAGGACUUUUGUUGCUAAGGAUGACAUUCAAAAGAUGAAUCCUCCAAAAUACAACAAAGUUGAGGAUAUGGCGGACUUAACUUGUCUAAACGAGGCUUCCGUACUUCACAACAUCAAGGACAGAUACUACUCCGGAUUGAUCUAUACGUACUCUGGUCUGUUCUGUGUGGUGGUCAACCCAUACAAGAAACUGCCCAUCUACACAGAGAAGAUCAUGGAGAGGUACAAGGGCAUCAAGAGACAUGAGGUUCCUCCACACGUGUUCGCAAUCACUGACACUGCCUACAGGUCCAUGCUGCAAGACCGAGAGGACCAGUCUAUCCUGUGUACUGGUGAGUCUGGUGCUGGUAAGACAGAGAAUACCAAGAAAGUGAUACAGUACCUGGCGUACGUAGCGGCCAGCAAACCCAAGGGCUCCUCCACCCCUCACACGAUGUCUUCCGAAAGCUCCUGGGAUAAUGGACCAAGUCCAGCUCUUAUUGUCGGUGAAUUGGAGCAACAACUGCUGCAAGCCAACCCUAUCCUUGAGGCAUUCGGUAACGCAAAGACUGUGAAGAACGACAACUCUUCUCGAUUUGGUAAGUUUAUCCGAAUCAACUUUGACGCUAGCGGCUACAUAGCUGGCGCCAACAUUGAGACAUACCUGUUGGAAAAGUCUCGUGCCAUCCGUCAAGCCAAGGAUGAGAGGACGUUCCACAUUUUCUACCAGCUGCUGGCCGGCGCCACCCCGGCACAGAAGAAGGAGUUUAUCCUAGAGGAUCCCAAGAGCUAUGUGUUCCUCAGCAGCAAGUGGCAGCCAAUCCCUGGAGUGGACGAUGCUGCUGAGUUCCAGUCAACCGUGAACGCUAUGAGCAUCAUGGGCAUGACCAAUGAGGACUACUCCGCCAUUUUCCGUAUCGUCUCAGCAGUGAUGCUGUUUGGCUCGAUGCAGUUCAAGCAGGAGCGCAACAACGACCAGGCGACUCUCCCAGACAACACUGUGGCCCAGAAGGUAGCACACCUGCUGGGACUCAGCGUCACUGAGAUGACUAAGGCCUUCCUCAAGCCUAGGAUCAAGGUCGGACGAGACUUUGUCACCAAGGCCCAGACCAAGGAGCAGGUGGAGUUUGCCGUGGAGGCCAUCUCAAAGGCUUGUUACGAGAGGAUGUUCCGAUGGCUAGUCAACCGCAUCAACAGAUCUCUGGACCGCACCAAGCGACAGGGCGCCUCCUUCAUUGGUAUCCUCGAUAUGGCUGGAUUUGAGAUCUUUGAGCUCAACUCGUUUGAACAGCUGUGUAUCAACUACACAAACGAGAAGCUGCAGCAGCUGUUCAACCACACCAUGUUCAUCCUGGAGCAGGAGGAGUACCAGAGGGAAGGCAUUGAGUGGAAGUUCAUCGACUUUGGCCUAGACUUGCAACCCACCAUCGAUCUAAUCGAUAAGCCUAUGGGAGUGAUGGCGCUGCUGGAUGAGGAGUGUUGGUUCCCCAAGGCCACAGACAAGUCUUUCGUAGAGAAGCUGGUCAGCUCUCACAAUGAACACCCCAAGUUCAUGAAGACAGACUUCCGUGGCAUUGCUGACUUUGCCAUCAUCCACUACGCCGGCAAGGUGGACUACUCGGCCACCAAGUGGCUGAUGAAGAACAUGGACCCUCUGAACGAGAACGUCGUGUCAUUGCUGCAGACUUCUCAGGACCCGUUUGUCUGUCACAUCUGGAAGGACGCGGAGAUUGUGGGGAUGGCUCAGCAAGCCAUGAGUGACACUCAGUUUGGGGCCAGGACCAGGAAGGGAAUGUUCCGCACCGUGUCACAGCUGUACAAGGAACAGUUGGCCAAACUGAUGAUCACAUUGCGCAACACCAACCCCAACUUUGUCCGAUGCAUCAUCCCCAACCAUGAGAAGCGUGCAGGCAAGAUAGACGCUCCGUUGGUGCUGGACCAGCUCAGGUGCAAUGGAGUGUUGGAGGGCAUCAGGAUCUGUCGACAGGGCUUCCCCAACAGGAUACCCUUCCAGGAGUUCCGUCAGCGUUACGAGCUGCUCACACCCAACGUGAUCCCCAAGGGCUUCAUGGACGGCAAGAAGGCUUGUGAGAAGAUGAUUGACGCGCUCGAACUCGACCCCAACCUCUACCGUGUCGGACAGUCCAAGAUAUUCUUCAGAGCGGGAGUGUUGGCGCAUCUAGAGGAGGAGCGGGACUACAAGAUCACCGACCUCAUUGUCAACUUCCAGGCGUUCUGCCGAGGCUACCUGGCGAGACGCAACUACCAGAAGCGGCUGCAACAGUUAAACGCAAUCAGGAUCAUACAACGCAACUGUUCUGCCUACCUCAAACUGCGCAACUGGCAAUGGUGGAGGCUGUACACUAAGGUGAAGCCACUGCUGGAGGUGACCAAGCAGGAGGAGAAGUUGACGCAGAAGGAAGACGAGCUGAAGCAGAUCAGAGAGAAGCUGGACACUCAGUUGAGAAGCAGUGAAGAGUAUGAGAGGAGGCUACAGGCUGCUAUAGAGGAGAAGACCAUGCUGCAGGAGCAACUACAGGCCGAGGUGGAACUGUGUGCUGAGGCGGAAGAGAUGAGGGCAAGAUUGGCAGCAAGGAAACAAGAAUUGGAAGAAAUUUUGCAUGAUCUUGAGGCCAGAAUUGAAGAAGAAGAGGAACGGUCAAACAAUCUGUCAAAUGAAAAGAAGAAACUUCAACUUAACAUUCAGGACUUGGAAGAACAACUAGAAGAAGAAGAAGCUGCGAGGCAAAAGCUUCAACUAGAGAAAGUACAGUGCGAUGCGAGACUAAAGAAACUGGAAGAGGAUUGUGCCCUUGCUGAAGACACCAACUCGAAACUUGUCAAGGAAAAGAAGGUACUUGAGGAGAGAGCGGCAGACCUUGCACAAACAUUAGCGGAGGAAGAAGAAAAAGCAAAACACCUGGCAAAACUGAAAGCGAAACACGAGAGUACGAUUGCCGAGCUAGAAGAGCGACUUUUGAAGGACCAUCAACAGCGACAAGAGAUGGACAGGAACAAGAGGAAGGUGGAAACUGAGGUCAAUGACCUGAAGGAGCAGUUGAAUGAGAGGAAGCAACAGGUGGAGGAGUUACAACUACAGCUGGGCAAGAGAGAAGAGGAGCUGGCUCAGAGUCUUAUGAGGAUUGAUGAGGAGGGAGCAGGCAAGGCGACCAUACAGAAGGCCAUGAGAGAACUGGAGUCUCAGCUGGCUGAGCUGCAGGAGGACCUUGAGGCAGAGAAGAUAGCAAGAGCAAAGGCUGAGAAACAGAAGAGGGAUCUCAACGAGGAACUGGAGGCUCUGAAGAACGAACUGCUCGACUCCCUGGACACUACGGCGGCACAGCAGGAACUGAGGACCAAGAGAGAACAGGAGUUGGCAACACUGAAGAAGACCCUAGAGGAGGAGGCACAAGUACACGAGGCUCAGAUGACAGAUAUGAGACACAAACACACACAAGAGUUGACCAGUGUCAAUGAACAACUGGAGCAACUCAAGAAGGCCAAGGCAGCGCUGGAGAAGACCAAGGCACAGCUAGAGGCUGAGGCUGCAGACCUGGCUACUGAGGUGAGGUCAGCGUCAGGCACCAGGGCUGAGCUGGAGCGGCGCAGGAAACAGGCUGAGGCGGCACAGAGUGAAGCUCUGGCAAGACUAGCUGAGGUUGAAAGAGCGAAGAGCGAGCUGGCAGACAGAGUCAACAAGCUGACAGCUGAGUCCGAGUCUAUCACUGCCCAGCUGGAGGAGGCAGAGUUGAGGGCGUCUGCUGCUAUCAAGUCAGCUGCUACCAUGGAGUCUCAGCUGAGCGAAGCUCAGGCACAGCUGGAGGAGGAGACAAGACAAAAGUUGGCUCUCAGCAGUCGACUGAGGCAGGUAGAGAGUGAGAAGGAAGCUCUAAGAGAACAGUUAGAUGAAGAGGAAGAAGCCAAGAAGAAUCUGGAAAAACAGGUUGUUGCACUCAGUUUGCAAGCCACGGAAGCCAAGAAGAAGGCUGAGGAAGAAGCAGAGAACGCUGCCCAGUUGGAAGAAAGCAGAAAGAAAUUGCUCAAGGACCUGGAGGUGCUGCAGAGACAGGUAGAGGAGCUACAGGCAGCCAAUGACAAGCUAGACAAGAGCAAGCGCAAGCUACAAGCCGAGCUGGAGGACUCCAACAUUGACCUGGAGACACAGAGAGCCAAGGUGUUGGAGCUGGAGAAGAAACAACGCAACUUCGACAAAGUCCUGUCCGAGGAGAAGGCUGUGUCCGAGCAGAUCGCUCAGGAGAGAGAUGCGGCCGAGAGAGAGGCAAGGGAGAAGGAGACUCGAGUGUUGUCUCUGACAAGGGAACUCGACGACAUGAUGGACAAGAUGGAGGAACUCGAGCGGUCCAAGAGACAACUGCAGGCGGAACUCGACGAGCUGGCCAACAACCAGGGUACAGCAGACAAGAAUGUUCACGAGCUGGAGAAGGCCAAGCGAGUGUUGGAGUCACAGUUGGCUGAACAGAAGGCGCAGAAUGAGGAGUUGGAAGACGAACUACAGAUGACGGAAGAUGCUAAGUUGAGGCUGGAGGUGAACAUGCAAGCUCUGAGGACGCAACUGGAGCGCGACCUGCAGGCGAAGGAAGAGGCGUGUGAAGAGAAGCGACGUGGACUGCUAAAGCAGUUGCGAGACGUCGAGGCUGAGCUGGAAGAUGAGCGCAAGCAGAGAGCGACAGCGUCGGCCGCAAAGAAGAAACUGGAGAGUGACCUGAAGGAUCUGGAGCAGCAACUGGAUAUGCACAACAAGCUGAAGGACGAUGCACUCAAACAGCUGAAGAAACUGCAGACGCAACUGAAGGACACAACGAGAGACGCUGAAGAGGCGCGUGCCGCGCGGGACGAGAUCGCAGCCACAAUGAAGGAGACAGAUCGUAGGCUAAAGUCUUUGGAGGCAGAAUUGCUUCAACUGCAGGAGGAGCUGGCAUCAAGUGAAAGGAAUAGACGAGCGGCUGAGACUGAGCGGGACGAACUGCAAGAGGAGAUCAACAGCAGUGCCAACAAGGGGACGCUGUUGGCUGAUGAGAAGCGUCGUCUGGAGGCUCGCAUCUCCACACUGGAGGAGGACCUGGACACAGAGCAGAGCAACACAGAGGCCCUCAUGGACAGGAUGAGGAAGACACAGUUGCAGCUGGAGCAGGUCACCACAGAGUUGGCUGGCGAGAGGUCACAGACACAGAAACUGGAGUCUACCAAGAUGUUGCUGGAGAGGCAGAACAAGGAGUUAAAAGCCAAACUCUCUGAGCUGGAGACCAACCAACGCAGCAAGACCAAGGCCACCAUCCUGGGACUGGAGUCCAAGAUUACCAACCUGGACGAGCAGCUGGAGGCGGAGGCCAAGGAACGGUUAAUGCAGCAGAAAGCAAACCGCAAACUGGACAAGAAACUGAAGGAGCUGAUGAUGCAACUUGAGGAUGAGAGGAGACAUGCAGACCAGUACAAGGACCAGGUGGAGAAGAUCAACGUGAGAGUGAAGGUGCUGAAGAGGCAGCUCGAUGAAGCUGAGGAGGAGAAUAGCAGAGAGAAGAUCCAGAAGAGGAAAGUACAGAGAGACCUCGAGGACCUGCUAGAGUCCAAUGAUGUCCUGCAGAGGGAGAACAACAACCUCAAGAAGAAACUCAGUAAUAUCCCAGAAACACCUCCAGUUGUAUCCAAAGAGCUGGUUCGUCAAACAGCCAACAAGCUGCGUAGAAUUUCCUGCCCAGCAAUUAGGGGUAUCUCCGGAGUGGGGUUGUCGUCAAGGUUGACGUCGUCCAAGAGAGGCUCCGUACCUGCCGAUGACUCCUCCUCCGUCAACAACACGGCGGAGGACUCCAUAGAUGAGGACGAGGUGCCUGCCUCGUAAAACGCCAGGCAGCUCACUACUGGUACAUUCCAGCGGAGGCGGAACGUUUUUAAUUUAUACAAGUAACCAUGAAAUGCCUUGAACGUUGAAGCGUCGCUUCCUUCAACGCUUACGACGUUGCCAGUUACGUUAUACACCUGUACAGACCUUUUUAUCAUGUAAUCGUAUUUCAAUUUAGAAUUGUGUCAUAAUAUUUUAUUUAAUUUUACAUGGCGCCGAGGUCGACCCUGCGGCAUUGUACACUAACAUUUUAUAGCUUGUCCUCCAAUUUGUGUGUUUGUAUGUAAGUGCGCGUGUGUGAGUGUAUAAAAGUUGCGAUUUGUAAAUAAGAGGACUAACAUUUGGUAAGGGAAUAGCCAGUCGUGAUACUUAUUAUCUUUGUAUUGGGCAUAAUUAAAUGAGAUGAAUUUAUUUAAAA